AUGCAUCGGUUCACCAUAACCCUGAAAUCCCCAAUUCCAUACCAUGCACCCUCCUCCCAGUCUCACCCAAUUUUCCCCCACAACCCUAGGCUAACCCAAUCCCAAUCCUACCCCAUUUUGGCGCCAAUCUGUACUCGCGCCCAUUCCGUCUUCAACAGCACCAGAGGGCUUGACAUCUCCGCGCCCAAACACACCUCGAACUCCAAUUCCAACGCCAUUAAUGGCUCCGUACACGACUUGAAGUCCAAGAGCGUCGGUGUUAAAGACAUAGACGUCGCCACUCUUGGCAAUCUCUGCGUCGAUAUCGUCCUCAAUGUUCCCAAAUUGCCCCCGCCCGAUGUCCACGACCGCAAAGCUUACAUGGACCGCUUAUCUGCCUCGCCACCCGAUAAGCAAUACUGGGAAGCUGGUGGAAACUGCAAUAUGGCUAUAGCAGCUGCGAGACUGGGACUUCAUUGUAUUGCAAUUGGCCAUGUGGGUAACGAAGUAUAUGGGCAGUUCCUUGUAGAUGUUCUUCAUGACGAAGGAAUUGGUAUGGUUGGCAUGUGUGAAAAUACCAACGUUGAGAGUGCAAGUGCUUCAUAUGAAACGCUCUUAUGCUGGGUUCUAGUGGAUUCAUUGCAAAGACAUGGUUUUUGCAGUCGGGCUGAUUUCAGUAAGGAUCCUGCAUUCAGUUGGAUGAGCAAGUUAUCUGAACAAGUCAAGACAGCUAUAAAACAGUCAAAGAUUCUAUUCUGUAAUGGUUAUGGCUUUGAUGAACUCCCUCCUGGUGUAAUAGUCUCAGCUGUAGAGUAUGCCGUUGAAGUUGGAACAGCACUUUUUUUCGACCCUGGACCACGUGGAAAGAGCCUUUCUGCUGGUACACCUGAAGAACGAGGAGCACUUAGCCAAUUGUUGAGGAUGAGUGACGUUCUUCUUCUUACUUCUGAUGAGGCUGAGUCAUUGACUGGCAUUGAAAACCCAAUAUCAGCAGGGCAGGAAUUGCUCAAGCAAGGGGUGCACACAAAAUGGGUGAUUGUCAAAAUGGGUCCAAGGGGAUCAAUUCUAAUAACUAGGUCAACUAUCUCUUGCGCACCGGCUUUCAAGGUAAAUGUCGUAGACACUGUUGGAUGCGGAGAUAGUUUUGUAGCUGCUAUUGCAUAUGGUUUCAUCCACAAUAUGCCAGCGGUUAAUACACUAGCAAUUGCAAAUGCAGUGGGUGGUGCAACUGCCAUGGGUUGUGGUGCUGGUAGGAAUGUGGCAACCUUGGAGAAAGUAAUAGAACUUAUGAAGGCAUCAAAUCUCAAUGAGGAUGACGAAUUUUUGGAUGAAUUACUCGAUGAAAAUUUAGAUGUCCAGGCAAUUAAGUCUCUCUCAAAAUUGGUCAUAAACGGAAGUGAAAACCAGCCAAAUUGUGUAUCCUUGCAGAAGGUGGUGUCAGAAUUGCUUCCUAAGCUCAAAUUGACACAUUUGGGGAAAAAAAAGAAGAAGAAAGAGGCCAACUGGUCCAGUGGAAAAGGGUCUUUACUUGCAGACCAGAUGUCUCAGGUUCGGAUUGAAGUUGAGGGCAUCAGGCCCCUAGAUAUCAGGCAGUUGCUGCAGUAUUGGGAUUGGAAUCUCAAUGUUGGUUCCUUUGGGAAUUUGAAUGUUGUUGAGGUCAAUAUCUUCCAAGCCUUGUCUUACAACAAUCAGUGA